AUGUUCGGCCCCCCAGCGCAAAAGAUCACCUCUGCCCAAAAAAAGUGGAAGUCCCGCGAAACGAGCCCCCCACCUAGCCCUGUCAAAGAGGGAAAUGGCUCCAACUCCGCCGAAAACAUCGCAAAAGGCCCAGUCUCUUCCCGGAAAAGAGCACGCUAUGAUGACUCCCAAGAUCAACAACUGCCACAGCAAGGCGGAGGGGAAACUACAACAGCAGCGCCCAGACAAGCUGAAAGGGUCUCUCUCCCGCCAAUGGCUGGGCAAUCAGCUCUCCGGCAGAUAGACAUAUUCUCACGAGUCGAGACCAUGAAGAAUCUGCAAAUCGAAUCUACGAAACGAACGAUCAAAAGCCUUGAGGAGGCACAAAAGGACCUUGCCGACCUAUCGUCGCUUUUCAAGCUCACAAACGGGUACCUUUUUCGACUACUUGACGAAUGGAAAGAUGAGGAUUAG